GAGUAUAUUGUGGAGUACAGUGAAAAGGACAGUGCGGAGUGGUUUUCCCAGCGUAGCACCAGCACUAAUGCAGAAGUGAAGAACCUGCAGCCCAGCUCGCUCUACAGAUUCAGGGUGGCUGCUGUCACAAGCAGAGGCGUGGGAAACUGGACAGAAAUUAAAUCCAUUAUUCCUCAAAAAGCUCUCUCUCCUCCUGCUGUUGAGAUCACCAGCAUCACAGAAGACUCCAUGAUUUUGUCCAUCACCAGUGAUUAUAAAGUCCAGGUGAAGCACUAUGUUGUUAUCAUUUCGUGGGUAUUUGAUGAACAUGUGAAGGAGAGCUGGAAUUACACGGUUUCUGGGACAUUGAAAGCCUCUAACCUGACAGCAGGGACGGUGUAUGAGGUGGCAGUGUGGGCUCACACAGAUGAUGGAGACAGUCCUACUGCUCUGUUCCGCAAGCAGACCAAAGGCAUCAGACCUGCCCAGCCAUCACUGAAGGCCCGGGCGCUCAACCAGACCGCUGUAGAGUGCAACUGGACCGGCCCUCAAGCUGAGAUGUAUGGAGUGUUCUACGCCACAUCCUUCCUGGAUCUGUACCGCAGACCUCACAGGGUGAACACCACCUCCACCAGUCUGAUUGUGAUCGUUGACAGCGACAAGCAGUACCUCUUCCUGGUGAGGGUGAUUACUCCAUACCUCGGGCCUCCAUCGGACUAUGCCGCAGUGAAGAUGAUCCCCAACGAGCGACUUCCACCUCGAAAUCUGCACAAGGUGCAAGUGGAUAAGACACAGGCCACUCUGAAGUGGCAGCCGCCAUACGAUUCUCCCAGCAGUCCUUUGACAUAUGCAGUGCACGUGAGAGAUGCAGUUCGUAAAACGGAGCAGGACUAUAAGGUGACAACUCAAAACAACACAGUGGAGUACACGCUGAAGGGCCUGGAGCCUGGAGGACGCUACAGCAUCACCAUCAGGCUGCUCAACAUGAGCAAAGAGGCCAGCUACACACUCAACACAGUUUCUCUGCCUGCGCCUGAGGCCCUCAAGAUCUUAGAAGAACAGGAUCAUGUGUUUCUCUUCUGGAAGAGUGUGGCUGUGAAGGACCGGACCUUCAAUGAGAGCAGGGGCUAUGAGGUGUAUAUGCAUGACAGUGUGACCAACUCAACAAAAUGUCUGGGUAACACAACAGAGACGUUCUUCAGGAUCAGCAACCUGAUGGUGGGCCAUAACUACACGUUCUCAGUGCGGGCGCGCUGCCUGCUCAACAACCAGCUGUGUGGAGAGGCGGCAGUGCUGUUAUAUGAUGAACUGGGCAAAGCAGCAGGGCCGAAUGAUGCCUCAUCUCAGUCAGGUAAAUCAGAAGACAUGGCGGCGGUGGUGGUUCCAGUGUUGUUCCUGCUGUUGGUGGGUGUGUGUGGAGGCCUGGUGGUGCUUUACCUCAGACACCGUCGGCUACAGCACAGCUUCACCGCUUUCGCUAACAGCCACUACAACUCUCGUCUGGGCUCUGCCAUUUUCUCCUCAGGAGAUGAGCUGGGUGACGAUGAUGAAGACGCUCCAAUGAUCAGUGGCUUUUCAGAUGAUGUUCCCAUGGUGAUUGCAUAGCUGGACAACUCUUUCUCUCCUCCUCCUUCACUUCCCACUCCACUUCCUCAUCAUGUUUUCUUACGUGCCCUCUUUACCCCCCCGUCACUUAGAAAACGCUGGAUUUGGGUUUCUGGACCCUGAAGAAGAAAAGAAAGCAUGGAGCGAAACAGAUAUUUUUGAAUAUAAGAUGCACUUUUUUCGGAUGCGCAAUAACUUAUUUUUUAUAAAUGAUAUAUGUGGGUAUUGGACUUUGUAGGCAUUAACUGAAGCAAACUGUGAAGGAGUUUGUCAGCUGAUCAGCAGACUCACUGAACAGGGAAAAGACCCUUAUUUUACAACAAACUCUCACACGAGCAUUACAUUUGCUUAAAGCCAAAACAAGCACCUAGAUAUGGGUACAUCAGUGCAAAAACACGAAAAUACACAACAAAAAAAUCUAAAAAGCAAACCUCAUAUGUGUACAGAUGAAAAAAUUGAACCAAUGUAUGCUGAUGAAAAGGGAAGGUGGUAGGCUGUUGACAGUAAAUUGCACAGGAUCAGAUUUUUGUUGCAUAUGCUCGAUUUGUGUCACUUUAUGCCAAUAGGCCUGCAUUUGUCCAUGGUACCUUGUUUACACUUUCUAUCCAUUUGUUAACUUUCUUGCUCAGCAAUAGGUUGAAUUUCCUCUGCUUUUUGAAAAUGUGAAAACUGUAACCAUAGUUUGGUUGUUUUAUCAGCUAUUUUCAGAAAAGAAUGACCGAAAUGAAGACAGUGACAGUUAUUUGAGUGUUGUCCACAUUGUCCACACUUAGUCCAUAUAUUCACUGUCUUCUUUUUUCCUUUGAUUUAUCCUACGCAUUUUAUCUAGCAAAUAAUAUUAUUGCAUAUCCUGUGUGCUGCCAUGGUUUUAGUCCUUUAAUGUUCUCAGGGAACUGGGUUAAUGGAGAUGUACCAGCGAUAUCAGUCACACUGCCACAGGCAGCGCAGUGUGUUUAAUUCGGAGACUAUUGUGCGGUACAGUAGUUCCAUAUUGCAGUGAAGCCUGUACAGCUCUUGUCUGAGUGGACCAGAAGGCUUCAUCUUAGUCUCUUGUGCCAAGCUUAAGAAAAGCAGAGGGUAGAGCAGACCUCUUGCCUUCCCGAACCAUUGUGAAGAGGUACAUGUGUUUAAUCCAUGUUUCAUUUUAACUGGAUUGCGGGUGUUACUUAACAGAUUUGUUUAUGAAUGUAUUUCUUUCUUCUUUAUUUUUUGUAUCUUGUAUUGAGGUGACCAGAAAAAAGGAAAAUGGAUAUGGUCUACCCCACUUCUUCUUUAAUGUUCAAGGAUUUUAAAUGAGGUUUAUGGCCAGUUUACAUUCAAAUGCUUGUGGUCGUUAUUAAUGAUACCCUCUCCCAUUGUUAAUUGGAAUUAAACAAAACUGUUCACUUGAUAGAUGUGGCUGUUUUUAGUGAAAUUGUUCCUUUCAGUACCACAUUGCCUUAUUACAACACUGAGUAAAGUAUGUAGCAGUAUGUCUAUGUGAUCACACAUGCACACGCUCACAGAAAAUUGACUUGAGUAAAACGAAGAGUAAACAACUGUAAAAGGACUGGAAUAGUGUGAUAGGAAAUGUGUGUAUCGACAUAUUGUGAAUUACCACUGUAUAUUGUUAUAAAAGUUCCAGUGCAGCACUUGUGUGAAUCCUGAGCCACCGUUUUUAUUUGGUAUUCUUUACUCGCAACCAUUUGUGGCGAUAUUUGUCAUGCCCAGUUUGAAACCCAUUUGUUUUUAGUCAAUGAGAUGUAAACAUUUUGACAUAGCAGUGACGCUGGACACCGCCAUGUUUAAAUCUUUGAUCUUGCCUGCCUACUAAGGGUUUUAAAGAUAAGAAUCUUGUAAGUGGUACAGUCUGAGAUGUUUUAUGAACCACUUAUGCUGAAAUAAAUGUGGAGAACUUGAA